AUGUCAUCAGCAAAUUCGUAUUUAUCACGAUUAUUAAAAAUAUGGAAACAAACACGUUUCCCUUGGCGUCAACAAGCAUUCGUAGGUUCAGAUUUAUCUGGAAACGAUUAUUAUGAAAGUUAUCGUCUUAUUAAUGGUCGAAAAAAACGGACGGUCGAAAUGAAGGAAAAGAAGCCUCUUGGAGAAUAUAAUAGCGAUUCUUUGCCUGUGCAAUGGCAAAGUUGGUUAAGACAUACAAGAUUUGAACCUCCUACUAUAGAGGAAAUUAUUAUGGCUAACAAACGAAGAGAAUUAAUCAUUCAAAGAGCAAAAGCUUUGGAUAAGGAUUGGGAACGGCGCAAAGAAGAAUUAUCACGAGAAGUAACUGAUAAAUCAAAAUCAGCAGAUUUUGAAGGUCAAGAUGCUCAAAAAAAGCCAGCUCAAGAAAUUCCAUUAACCAUACCUAGUGGCACCUUUGAACCUAAAUCUUGGGAGCCCAGAGUUGCAAGGAAAUAA